GGAAGCAGCUUCUCGGUGCCGCGCUCCGCGUUCCGCUCCCUUUCUCCGUAAUGUAUAGCUAUCGCUUUCCGCCUUGUUGGCUUCCCGACCGGCUGCGCGUGCCGACCUCGGGCUUCCGCUUUGUCACUUAAAACCGGGACUUUGCGCACUGCACAUUGGAAGUGGCUUGGAGAUGGUGGACGUUUGGUUAAAGAUGGAAAAGCUUGAAGCUUACUAUUUGUCGGCAGCCCUAAGCUGCACUUUGCUAGUCUCUUGCUUCCUUUUCUCCAUCAUAAACCGGGCGCUGCGGGAGCCCUACAUGGACGAGAUUUUCCAUUUACCACAGGCCCAGCGCUUCUGUUGGGGCUCCUUCCAGUGGGAUCCUAUGAUCACUACACUACCCGGUUUAUACUUGAUUUCUGUUGGAAUUAUAAAACCUGCCAGUUGGAUUAUUGGAUGGUCUCAACAUGUGGUCUGCUCCAUAGGAAUGCUCAGAUUUGUUAAUCUGCUCUUCAGUAUUGGCAACUUCUGUUUACUCUAUUUACUUUUUUGCAAGUUACAGCACAGAAACAAGGCUGUCUCAGGUAUCCAGAGAGUUUUGUCAGCUUUAACAGUGGCAGUUUUUCCUACACUCUAUUUUUUUAACUUCCUCUAUUAUACAGAAGCAGGAUCUGUGUUUUUUGUUCUGUUUGCUUAUUUGAUGUGCCUUUAUGGUAAUCAUAAAACUUCAGCCCUACUUGGAUUUUGUGGCUUCAUGUUUCGCCAGACAAAUAUUGUUUGGACUGUGUUCUGUGCAGGAAAUAUUAUUUCACAAAAGUUAAUGGAGGUUUGGAAGAUAGAGCUACAAAAGAAGGAAGAGAAACUUCCAUCCAACCAAGGACUACUUUCAGAAUGUAAGAAGAUUCUGUUCUUUCUUUUUAAUUAUGCCAUGAACUUUAGGAACUUGAGUGUACUUAUUGGUUUAACAUGGCCUUAUAUCCUUUUAAUAAUCGUAUUUAUUGCUUUUGUAAUUUUUAAUGGUGGAAUAGUUGUUGGUGAUAGGAGUAACCAUGAAGUCUGUAUGAAUUUUCCUCAGCUAUUCUAUUUUUUUUCUUUUACUUUAUUUUUUUCCUUCCCUCACCUGCUGUCCCUUGCAAAAAUUAAAACUUUUCUUCAGUUGGUAUGGAAACACUGGGGGGAAUUUGUUGUACUUACAGUUGUCUCCCUGUUUUUAGUCUGGAAAUUCACUUAUGUUCAUAAGUAUUUGCUAGCAGACAACAGACAUUAUACAUUUUAUGUAUGGAAAAGAAUUUACCAGAGACAUGAAUAUGCAAAAUAUUUGCUAGUUCCUUGCUAUUUGUUUGCUGGUUGGAAUAUUGCUGAGUCAUUGAAAUCCAAAUCCAUUUUCUGGAAAAUGGCAUUUUUCAUAUGCUUAUUUGUAGUCACAGUUUCCCAAAAACUUCUUGAGUUUCGUUACUUCAUAUUGCCUUAUAUCAUCUAUAGACUUAAUCUUCCCAUGCCAUCCCUGCCCAAACUUCUUUGUGAAUUAGGUUUUUAUAUUAUUAUUAAUUUUGUAACAUUUCAUCUCUUCCUGAACAAGACAUUUCAGUGGCCAGAUAAUGUUGGUAUUCAAAGGUUUAUGUGGUGACCAAAUUAGUAUCUUGUUUCAUAUAAACAUAUUUAUAUUUCAAACUUUUCCCCAGUAAAGACAGGACUUUGUUUAGCAGCAAGCCAAUUGGUGCUCAUGUGAUUAGAAGCAAUUGUGAAAUCUGAUUUGUCCAACAUGAUGAAAUAUUAAAUUAAUGCAAAUCCUUAAAGCCCUUUCACUUACAUUAAUGAAUGAGUCAAGGAUAUCCAAAAAUUAUGAAAAAGAAUGGAAAAUAAGAAAAGUUUAUAUUUAAUUUGACCUAUCUUAAAAAAAAUGAACAAACUUUUUCUAACAAGACUUAAAAAUUUCAUA